AUGAAGAGGGAGAGAGCUUGGACGAGCCCGUCAGACGCUGCCAAGCCGAUCCAAGCCUUGCAGAGAACGGACACUGCCCCUCGCCUCCUCACACGCCGCCCGCUCCACGCCUUUGGGAAAGCCAUCGCAAGUCCAUUCUCUGGCGGCUCUCUUGCUGACACGAUAGCCGCCUAG